CUCUUCUUGAUCGCAGAGAACAAGCAUUUCACAUUCCACAGGCUUGCUGCAGUCAGAAUCCUGGUGCAUCAGUAAUCGGCUUUUCACAUCACAUCUUGCGCAAAGCUUCCUCCACGGCCUUACGAGACCGAGUCUAGCGCCUGCUCUAUCGGGGCGCGACCUAAUCUCCUUGAACCAUCGCUUAUCCGUUGCGUUGUGACCCCUCGUCGCAAACGACUUUUCACAUCAUAUUUUGAGUGUCUAGAAGCUCGUGGACUUCAAAGCUAUAACGACGGCUAUAACGGCGCAUUGUCAACAUUGUCGCGGCCCAAGUGCGACAUUGAUCGACUUGAGGACUUGGUGGCUUGUAUCCCCAAAUCCUGCCUUGACGCCUAAAGCACCGUACGACGACCGUUACUAAAUCACUACGAAAUCGGGACCAGCAUGUUCAAUUCCAAUUUUGUCAUCAAGCCGCCAGUCCUGAGCAAGAGCAUGAGGUGACAUUGCUCUAUUCGACUCGUGCACGAUCAACCAGAGAUCCGAGGUCAUCAUCAUGGACAACCACCACAAUGCCUCCUUAUCGAGGCCGUCGCCCAGCGCGGCUAAUGGAGACAACGUUGGACUAAUCAGUAACAGAGAUCCCCCCGGCAUGAGAAUAGCCACCACUGCCACAGAGCCACCAUCGUAUUAUCGAGGCCGGCACUCGAGAGGGAGUUCCAGAGAGGAGCGAUUGCACUCCAUCGAUGAGGGUGAGAGCUCUUACGAACUGGUAGAGCCGACGACUCCAACCAAAGCUCGCCGGUUGAGUUCAGGCCCGUCUAGUGCGUCAUCCAUGCUUCGACGGUUGACGACCAAAUAUGCGCCCAUGGGACGUCCUCAUCUCCGUUCCACGAAAAAAUCAAAAGGUCGACAGUACGCAACCCUAGAUGACGAUGAUGCCGAGCAAACAGGGACGGUAGACAUCACUUCCCUCGAAGGCCUUGGCUGGGAGCUGACCGACAUGUCACGACCUAAUUCGGCGAACCUUGGACAAGAUACAGCGUACGUUCCUCGGAAUGGCGCGGGAAGAAAACCAGAUUUCCGCAGCUUUGUCGACAAACGCCGGUCAGUUGGCGAAGGGAUGAAAGAUAUCGGGGUCCAGUUGAGGCGUGAUCCUACAAAGGUGGUAAGAAGGUCAACAGGCGAUUCCCGCAAUGGAGCAAGUACUGGAUUAGAUCGAGCCAAAACUGUGCGACAAUUGGGACAGAACCUUGCACAGGAGAAAAAGAUGAUCGUCGAAAUCGAGGAGGCGGUCGACUUGAGUUCGCUGGAGGGCGGUCAGCCGGACAAUCGGGCAAGUCGAGCUUUCGAAACCAUGUCCAUGAGACAAAGCAUUAUGCCGCAAGAGACGAAAAGUUAUUACUUUCCUGAGGAUCCAGACAUCCCGAACUGGAAACCUUUUUCCAUGAGCAGCGUCUACAUCCUGUUCUUGAUGGCGCUCGCUAUCACCUUGGCGGGAGUCCAAGAGUAUUUGUGUCAGAAAUCCAUCCAGCGUGCGAAAGAAAACAGCGGACUUGUUGCUUUCGACCAUGUUUCGGAGAUAUCAACAUGGGAUUUCUUCGCAUGGAAAUACCUCCCGACCAUGGUAUGUAUCGUCUACGCGGUCUUGUUCUCCAUUAUGGAUUUCGACAUUCGACGGCUUGAACCAUUCUAUCAAUUGUCACGACCUGGAGGUGCUUUGGCAUCGGCUAGUCUGAACUUGGAUCACCUCACCAUGUUUCAAUAUUUUGUGCCGUUCAAGGCUUUUCGACUGAAGCAGUACGCCGUUCUCUUCUCCACGACGGGGAACAUCAUCGCAUCUAUGGUCGGACCGUCCUUGCAAAAUCCCUCGCUCAACAUGGAUACCAAUCAAAAUCCUAAAUGUGGGCGUUUGGGUUGUGGUGAUUCGGGCGAAAAGCACUAUUGGGUUCGAGUGGAUCCUGUGUGGUCGCGACUGCUGUCGGCUAGCUACCUGAUCGUAGCUCUCGUCCUGGUGGUCUUGUUCUUCCAACUUCGGCGCAAAUCUGGCCUCCUUAGUGAUCCCAAAGGCAUUGCUGGAAUCGCAUCCAUGGCCACCAAAUCACAUAUUUUGCAAGACUUCUCGGGCUUGGACAUGGCGACUAGGGGCAGGAUCCACCGACGGCUCCAGCACCGACGAUAUGUGCUGUACAAAUCAUCCGUCUGGCAGGGCGAAUGGAGUCCGACGAGCGACCCUCCGCAUGACAGUGAGAAGAAAUUGACCAGUCCGCAUCCUAUCAUGCUUCGCCUGGAGUUCGGGAUACCAUUUCUCCUCUUCAUGGUUUUCUGUAUGACGGCAGUGCCGGUCAUUACCCUGACAAAGGCUAGGGUGGUCCCGAAUGCUGUUCCAUGGCUACCCAUUGUUAUUGCGACCGCUUUGAAAUUGAUCUUCAGCACGUUUGAAGCCGAUGUUCGACUCGUCGAACCAUUCUACCAAUUGUCCAAGGGAAACGCAAGACCUGAAAACAGCUUGACUCUCGAUUACCAGGCGACCGUGUACGGUUGGAUCACAUUCAAAGCACUUUGGAACCGACACUACAUUGUGGCGCUGGUGGGGUUCUCGUCGGUGAUUCUGGAUAUCUUGACCGUGACUGUGAGUUCCUUUUCGGUCAACUCGGAGGUCUUUUUGAAGUUGAAGGACAAGGACGACUCCAGCGGCGACGAAACCUUUGCAUCUUUCUGGGCCUCGCUCAUUCUGUCGGUGACCAUUCUCAUGGUCGUCAUUUGCACGACGUCGAUUGUGUACUGGCGGCGAAGGCAUCCAUUCCUACCACGAGAGCCGUCGACCAUUGCAGCCAUAUUGGCCUUUAUUUACGCGAGCAAUAUGCUUACCGAUUUUAUCGACACCGAGACCUUGAACAACAAACAGAUGGAGCAAAGACUGAUGGGGCUGGGCAAGCGUUACGGUCUGGGCUGGUUCCGUGGCCGAGAUGGGCAGAUCCAUUGCGCGAUUGAUGAAGAGCCGAUGAAGAGCAGGUACGUGCACGGAAAACCGUAUACCAUGGCACAGGCAGGGCCAUUGCAGGAUCAUGAGACAUAUUAUUCUGUAUAGAGAUGGGAGUUUUGAUGGGUGGAUGGGUAAGACACACCCAAAGCGAGAUAUUGGACGUCUCGAUCUAAUGAAAGAUACCUAUAUAGUGGGGUUAUGGACAAGGUCUUAUUUAUGUGACUUACAGGAACAUAUCUGUCCAGCUUUGACAUGAG